CGAGGCGAUAUCUUUGUAAUGUAUACCAUGUUCAUUGCUACAUACACUUGUCAUUCAAUCCCCACUGAAAGGAGUGAUUAGACACCCAUAAACUCACGUCCCAAUCGGGGUGGCACCGUCGUCCAGGCAACAGGGCACGUGCGCGUCAGGUCGCGUCAAACAUGCACACCUAGGAGUUUGGAGAUUGGAAGGAGUAUAUGUCACGUAAAGGGAUUGAGAGGACAGCGAGCCACGCUGCACGCGAGCCACGUUUGAUCCGACUAUUUGGGAUUAUGUUAAGUACAUUGGUCUACGUUUGUUGUCUUGGGGAUGGUGUGUGGUUUCAUUGUAGAGCGAGAUUUGAGCCUGCCAUGUGGACGAGUUGUUCAAUGAUGUGUGUAAACUGAUUGGGAUACUUCACAGUACCUUGGACGGGGAACAGUUCCAAACUGAGGGUGACUGUGUGGCGGCGGUCUGUAGGAGCUACUGAUUUAGAACAUGCUGGAUCAUGACGAUGAAACACAAACAGUGAGAUACGUAUUUUGUUGACAUUCAAAGAGUAAUUGUUGACCAUCUUUCAUUUCUCUUUUGGAAACGUAAAAGAAUGUCGCAACACAUUGAUUGACGGUGAGGUAGCAAGAUUUAUCAAAACGGAUACGGACCAUAACGUUUAUCAUUGUGUUCAUUGACUGAAAACCACCAAGAUGACUUUCUCCCCACCUAGAACAAAACGGUUGAUUAAGACUGCUCUCCAUCAAGCAGUACUAGACUGUCGUCUGCACCAAGUUCGUCUGCUCGUCUCAAACCAUGGCGCGAAUGUUGACUGUCGAGACAUCAAUGGCCGAACACCGUUGAUGUUGUCCUGCAUGAUCGACAACGAGGAAUAUGGCUAUAGGAUGGCGAAGAUCUUCCUCAAGAAGGGAGCUCAUUUGAACAUGAAGGACAACAUGGGGAGGACUGCCCUCAGCUAUGCUUGUAUGAAGGGUAAGCAAGAGAUAGUUGAGAACAUACUUUCUGAAGACGUCCUGGACAUCAACGAGCCAGACACCGACGGGAACACCCCUCUUCAUCACUCUGCACUCAGUGGGAAUCCCAAGAUUGUUGGACAAAUUGUGGAUGUUUUCAAAAGAUUUGGUUUAAAUAUUGACAGGAGGAACAAUCUUGGCUACACAGCUCUGUUACUCGCCUGUAAGAACGGGAACUAUGUCUCUGCGCAUGUGCUAUUCACGAAGGGAACCGCAUCACCAACCUUGAGGGAUGGGGAGUUUUAUCUCAACGCCGUAGACUGGGUUGGUAGAAGUCAUAGCUUACAGCUCAGAUUCAAUGAAAGAUCUCUGACCGUUCUUCCGGACAGGGAGACAACCCCCCAAACUCUCGCUUUUGAACGAGAAAAAACUAUGUAUCAGCGCCCUUGGACUCCAAUUUGCCGCCAUGUGAAAUCGAGACAGAACCCACUGUGUUUAUCGGUUGGUAGCGCCUUACGACUGCCGCUAAUUCUCGGAACACAAAAACAGCAUCCCGACAGAUCGGAGACUUUCAUCGAUGGGGAAGAUGCCCGAGAGAUCCUCCUGGCCGAGAUGCAGGAAGGCGACGGACGUGGCAGACCCGUAUCUACUAAAACCGCAUACACCAGAUGGUCCCAUCCUUCUACGGCCAAGCUGCGGGCACUGACCAAGAGAUCCAACACCAUUGUGCCCGAUAUGGUCACUAUAUUCCAGAUCUACUCCGACCAGUAUCAACCAGACUGGCGGAAGCUGAGAGGGAGGAAGCAGCCGAAAUGUGCUGCGAUCACUUCCGGUCCAGAAACAUCUACUUCCGACUCUGAACAGCCACUUGCGGAAGUAGCGGCGUCUUGAACGUGUCAGUGUUCCAUGAACAGCGCUGUGACUGGUCAAAGGAUAAGAACGCUUAUUCCGCAGAACGUGUUAUUAUCGCAUGUUGAAUUCAAAAGGGUUUCCAAAUCGGUGUAAAGACUGCAAUUGUUUAUAUUAUGCAUGCAUUCUCUGGUCAUUGUAAAAUGAAAUACGUGUUGUUACUGCACAGAUGGUACGUGGUACGUGGUACGUGAUACGUGGUACUACGUGGUACGUGGUACGUGAUACGUGGUACAAGGAUGAUUUAGUCACAUUGACGUGUUGCAUUGGGUCACCACACACCUGCCUGACCAUAGAUGUAAUCCAAAAAUGACAUACAUCGAACACCAAUCCUUCGACAUAUCAGUGACUUGGACACAUACCCACUCGGUACAACCGAUUCUUGUAUAUGACUGUCAAAUAUGACAUUUUGUCAUUUUCACACACAUGUAUUUUCUGGUGUUUCGGUGCCUCCAAAUGGCAUUUGGAGGGAAAACUGUUUUGGUUCCUCGUUGAUGACAACAUGCUUGUGAUACAUAGAGUUGCUUGUACUGAAACUUUAAAUCGUGGAUUUUGUCGUGUUGGUAUAUAUUAUCUGCUGUUGUUUUACUCCCGUAAUAUAAUCAAUUUCAGUCUGAGAUCUUAUGCUGAAGUAAUUUCAUGAAUGAAAUAUUGCUGAAGA